AGUAAGGUUAUGUUUAGUUAUUACUUAUAAUAAUAAAGCCAUAUUUAAGUGUAUUAGUAAAUAUAAGUAGUAUCACACACAACAAUGAGCAAUCGAUUGAAAAGAUAUCUUUUUUGGUUUGCUCAUGAACAUGUUGACUUUCGAUUUCCUGAAAUGGAGUCCAUAUUCAACAUGUACAACAUUAAUUUAUGCACAGUAAUUAAACCAAAGGAACAUCCUUAUUGGAUUCUGGAAUUACCCGAUGAGAAUAUAGUACAUGAAAUUGCCAGUAGAGCAGUUUCAUUACGUUUCUGUUUGGAGUUGUGGGCACAAGGGAAACAAACCGAAGAUUUACAUAAUUCUUUAAAGGCUUAUUCAGCUGAAAAUUCAAAAACUUUUGCCGGAGAUAAAAGAUCAUUUAAAAUUAUAGUGGAGACUUUCUGUAAACAUUUCUCACAAAGUGAAAAAGUAAAUAAAAUUGAAUCUUUCAGUUACUUACCUCUUGAAGGACCGGUUAAAUUAAAAAACCCAGAUUACACUUUAUACUAUAUAGAAUACUAUGGACUUAAUCCUAACAAUAUUCCUGAGAAGCCAUAUGAUUACUUCUUUGGAAGAUGGAUUGCAGACGGUCAACGGGAUUUAAUUCAAAAGUUAUCAUUAAAAACUAGAAAAUUUAUAGGAAAUACAUCAAUGGAUCCCCAGCUAUCACUGAUAAUGGCGAAUCAGGCGCAAGUUAAAAAAGGAGACCUAGUUUUUGAUCCAUUUGUAGGGACAGGUUCCUUAUUAAUUUCUGCAUCUCAAUUUGGGGGAUAUACAUUUGGAACAGAUAUCGAUUUUAUGAUGCUUCACGGCCGUACAAGACCUACGCGAAUAUCACAAAAGGUAAGAGAAAAAGACGAAAAUAUUGAAGCGAAUAUGUCUCAAUAUGGAACAAGCUGUUAUUAUCUUGACGUUGUGGUGGCAGAUUUCUCGUACCCACUUUGGCGGUCAGGCCUACAAAUAGAUGCCAUCAUAACGGAUCCGCCUUAUGGUAUAAGGGAAGCUGCAGAGCGUAUAGGUACCAUGAAGUUAAAUCCAAUGAUAGAAGAACAUCAAGUAACUUCUCAUAUUCCUUCUAAAAUUGAUUAUGGACUGAAUCAAAUAUACAAAGACUUAUUGUGCUUCUCUGCAAAACAUUUGAGGCUUAAUGGCAGAUUGGUAUAUUGGUAUCCAUUGUUUAGGGACCAAUACAUUGAGAAUCAGUUACCAGCACAUUCCUGCUUAGAGCUGGUAGCCAAUUCCGAACAGAUAUUGAGUAAUUAUACCAGUCGAAGAUUGUUAACUUAUAAGAAAGUUAAAGAACCAGAGGCAAAUGACGAGAGCGUCACUAUGAAUUUGAUUGACUUUCGUGAGAAAUAUUUUGCGUUACGCGAGGAAACUAGGAAAGAAAAGCGAAUGAGGAAAGCCGAAGAAAGAGUGAAAAGACGAAAAGACUGGGAACGUAGUAACAGAGAAACUACUGAAAGAUGACUGUAAAGUUUUAUUUUGUAUAGGAAUGGAUAUUAAAUGUCUUUUUUUCAAUUGUGUGUAUGUGUGCGUGUGUGUACAUGUAUGUGCGUGUGUCUUCUAAAUUAUUACUUCUCACAAUAAGAAGUUAUUUAUUAAAAUAUUAUCAGAAUCGUGUUCAUUCGUGUCAUCCAACAGAAAAGUUCCAGUCCCUUGUAAGUUAAGAAUUUUUAUUAGUACUCCUACAAACACAUUUAUACAGUUAUAGUCUUUCUUGAUUUAUUUCCUAGCAUCCACAAUUAAAGAGAAUGACGAAAAAAUCGCACGAAAAUAUAUAUAUGCAGAAACAACCACUAAUUUUAGUUUAAUGGCACAUAAAAAUCAAUAAUAUAUUAUUAGACAAAAGUGAUAAUAAUUAUAAAAUUAACAACGAAUUUACAUUUAUUUUGUAACACAGCAAAAUACGAAAAUGUGGAUGUAUAUUUAAAAGAUAGUUACAUAUAUAGCGCUCACCACAUUAACCUGUUACAUUAUGUAUUGAUAAUUUGGAUAAAAUUACUGAGGAAAUGUAUAUUAUGUAAUUAAAGAAUAGUGAAGUAAUAGGCGAUACUUUUGAAAUGUGGUCGUGUGAUUGGAGUUUGUGGUUUAAUUGGACAGAUUUAGAAAACAUGUGUAAAGUUUCUCGUGCGCGUAUGAGUCUUCAGAAAUUGUUAUUACAACGCCUUUAAACAUACGCAGUUACAACAUUGAAAUAAAUAUAGAAAUUGUUAACGUAAAUAAUCGUACCUAAGCUUCAAGUUGCAAUUGUCCUAAUAGACGUUCUACGUUUUUAACAUCUUCGUUCAAAACCUUCUUUUCGUAUUGUUUCUCGAUUUGUUUACUAGCCCACUCGCUCAACUUUAUCGCCUCUUUUUUCUUAGAUGCGGGACAUUUAGGUGACGUCGCGAUGUUAUUUGUCGUC